GGCCGGCCGGAGUGUAGUGAGCGACGCAUAAAAAAAUUUCAUCAUUUGCAAGCAGCGCAGCUGUAUAUUUUAAUUGGUGUUGCUAUUUAAACGCACCAGACGCAAAAAACGAAACGAAAAAAAAAACGACAGAAGAGAAACUUUAAGUUUUGUGUGUUUUUAUUGUGGAGAAAAAAGUUGAGCAAAAAAUGAGUCUUGUGUGGACUUUGGUCGCCACCUUUCUGUACGCAGAAAUUAUAGUGGUUUUGCUGCUGGUGCUACCAGUGGCCAGCCCCUACAAAUGGAACCGCCUCUUCAAGUCCAAAUUUCUGGCCAUGUUGGCACAGCAGGCGCACAUAUAUUUCUUUGUCGUCAUGUUUGUGCUCGUUCUCUUCCUAUUGGAGGCCAUUCGUGAGAUGCGCAAGUAUUCCAACCACGAGGGCACAGGCGAAGUCCAUUUGAACGUGGAGAUGCAGCACAGCAUGCGUUUGUUCCGCGCUCAGCGAAACUUUUACAUUUCCGGCUUCUCCAUCUUCCUCGUAUUGGUGAUCCGUCGAUUGGUGGCCUUGAUCUCCGCCCAGGCGAAUCUCUUGGCCCAGAGCGAGGCCUCCAUGAAGCAGGCCCAGAGUGCCACGGCCGCAGCACGUUCCCUGAUGGACGACAAGAAGACCGACAAGGCCAAGGAGGCAACCGAAGACAACACACUCAAUGAGCUCAACAAGCUGCGUGAACGCGUCCAGGAGCUGACCUCCGAGUUGAAUCGCGAGAAGAAGGACAAGGAAGCCGUCAAGUCGCAGGCCGAGAGCAUUAAUCGUGAAUACGAUCGCCUCACCGAGGAGUACAGCAAACUGCAGAAGCAGAUCACAAUUGGCGCUGUGGGCACUAAGGAUGAUUAAACGAGGAUCGGCGGAAUGGAAAAUUAUUUAAAAAUUAUAAGACUUGAAAAAGAAACUUGGCGGUGGGGGCAAAAGGCAGCAAUGCAAAUCUAUCUAGAUUACAAACGAUUAUAACUUAUCAAUUGAACAACAAAUAAGUAAAAAAAAGUGAACAUAAGUACGCAUACAUUAAAGCAACUAAUUCUCAGAGAUAA